AUGAAUUUCCAUUUAUCUCCAUCUAAUCUAGACAAAACUCUACCAUCUUUACCCGAUGAGGCUUCAAAGAAUAACGGUAAACUUGGUCUUCCAAAUCAUACUAUACAUCCGAAACGUUCUUUCGAACGUGAUGUUACUCAACAAAAAAGAAUGACAAGGUCGUCUUUAGAAUCCGUUGAUCCUAUACCAAAAUCUCAUACUCUUCCUGUCUCUGAAGAUGCUGGUAUAAAUCGUCGUCAUUCUCGACUAUUUGAUAACCAGCUUGCUGAUAUGAUUAAAAAUAAAACUACUCCAAAGAUUUUAGAUCAAUUCACUGGAAAGUUUAAUAGUCAUCAACGUUCCGAUGAUAAACAAAAAUCGCGUGAGGAUUUGCCAAAAAAACACGGUAUUUUUUCAAAAAGGAAUGAUUCUAUAGAAAAUCUUGCAAGAAUGUUUCCAUCCAAGAAUCGUGGUGAAAUAAAUGAAAAACAUUCUAGAAAUCCCUCCAUCACAAGUUCACAGAGCGAACCUUAUGACGGUUCGAGUCAUACGUUUUCUCUUAAUAGUAAUCAUAGUGAUAAAAUGGAACUUUGGUCAAAAAGUACGCAUAGAAAAAUUAGCUCUUCAUCUUCCAUAAAGAAAAAAACUUUACAAAAUCAACAACAAUUGCAUCAUAUUGAUGAGCGAUCAAAUUCUCCUUCAUCUAAUGAUGUCCCUUCUUAUUCAACUUACUAUCCGUCACGUUCAAAUUCUCCAUCAACCCCUUCUUCAAAUUCUCCCACGAGUCCAGAUUUUCCUUCAUCUACUAAUAGCGACGUAACUCCUCGCAAAGGUGUUUAUGAUAAUGGUCCGCCCGUUUUACCACCUUUAUCUUUCUCCGAUAAAACUAACGAUGGAAAUCUCGAUGAUGCUUUGUCUGAUAUAAAAAUAGAAUCUGAUAUAAAGAUAGAACCUAGUAUAUUUUCAGGUGACUUUUCCGAUGAAAGAAGUUUUAAAUCACAAAACGGUUCUACAAAGACUGAAUCUAUUGGUGAUAAUUCUCCUGGUGAAUCCCCUAUGUCACCUGAACGAAAAGAUAGUAUGUCAUCUUUAACUUCUGCUUCUAGUAAGGAAAAUGAAAUAAUAAUUACUGAGCCUGAAGAUGCUUCACCUGAAGAAUUGAAAAAACAAUUAUUUGAAUUAAAAAAGAAGAUGGCCGAGUCUGAAAGCAAUUUUCGAAAGAUUAAAAGAGUCAGUCAAAGAGCAUUCGAUGAAUUUAGAAUGGCUAAAGAAGAUUUUAAUACCGAAGUUGCUUUGCGGCGUAAAGCUGAAGAAACUGUUGAGAGUUUACGUGCUGAACUUGAACUUCAACAUAAAACAUUAGAAACUGCAAGAUUAGAUAGAGAACAUUUUGAAAAGAUUCUAAAAGAUUCAAAUUUAUCAAUGAAUCAAUUGCAAUUAUUACAAAAUGAUUUGAAAGAAUUGAAUUUGCAAAAAGAGAUUAUCAUUAAUGAAUUAGAAGUAUUAGCUAAAGAAAAGCAAGCUGGUCUUGCUGAAAACACUCCAAAUGUGUCAAAUAAUCUUCCGGGUUCUAUCGCCAAACAUUUAUCAACUCAAUUUGAUUUAGUCAAACAAAACUAUUUGUCCGACAUUAAAUCACUUCAAGUGGAAAAGGACUCUUUAUUACAGGAAACUGAGGAACUUCGAAACAAACGAGACCAAUAUAAUGAGGAUGUGAAACUUUUAAACGCCAAGAAUUUGGAACUUACUGAAAUGAAUAAUGAACUAAUACGGCAAAUUGAAGUACAUGGUAAAGGAAAAAUUGCAAAUAAAUUUUUCAAGAAUAAUAAAACUUCUGGUUAUGAUGCUACCAAGCAAUCUCAUUUUAUUGAUCAUGAAUGUACGGAUGCCACUCCAAUUGUUUCCGUGAGGAACGUUGACCGUCGUAAUAGUGCAGUUACGCAACCAAGAGUGUUCCAAUGGAUAGCUAGAAAAGGAAAAGGAAAAUUCAAUAAAUUUUUAGCAAGCACAAAUGUUAUUGGCUCUCCAGCGCAUAUUAGUGAUAACAAUCGAGAAGAGGCGAAAAAGAGAAUGAUGAACCAAUUGAUUAUUAAUCAAGACACUUAUCCAACUUAUCAUGGAGUGUCUACGGAAAAUGAUUGUGAAAAUAAUAGUAUGUUUGGUCUUGAUCUUACAAAGCAGGCUGAAUUGGAUGGAGAUGAAGUGCCGUAUAUAGUAUUGAAGUGUAUAUUGGCUGUUGAACUUCGAGGAAUGGAUCUUGAAGGAAUUUACCGGAAAUCUGGUGGUGCUACACAAAUGCGUGAAAUUAUAGCGGCUUUUGACCAAGGGAAAGAUUUUGAUCUAGAAACACCUCAUCAAUUUAAUGAUAUCUGCGCGGGUUUUAUAGAUGCAAUUGCUUUGGAAGAUGGUGAUGAAAAACUCGAAAGAUUCCGACAGCUUACGCUACAAUUGCCAAGAGUUCAUUAUUCUACUACAAGGCAUCUCAUGUUACAUUUGGACAGGGUCAGACAACAGGGUGCUGAUAACCGCAUGAAUGCUAAAAAUCUAUCUGUCGUAUUUGGGCCUACGUUACUUCGCGGUCCAAAUCCUAGUAAUGAACUUUUUGAUAUGAAUUCCAAAAACAUGAUAGUCGAAUACAUCAUUGAAAAUGUUAGUACACUUUUUCAAACACCAAGUAAUCAGAAUCAUAUCGAAAGAAGGAAAGAUGGAUUCAUAUGA